AUGCUAUCGAAAGCUAAACCUAAUCAGAUCGGGCUUCUUAAAAAGCCUGAUGGUAACUUCACAAAUAGUGAAACGGAAACAUUGGAGCUACUAGCGUCAACCCAUUUCCCAGGGUCACAUAUGACUCUGGCCUCGAAAUCUUUCAGAGCCCUACGAAGGCCUUGUAAUGAGGACUGGUGUAGGGCUACGAAGAUAAUAAGACCAAACCUGGUGCAGUGGACUGUUGACUGCUUUAAACCAUAUAAGACAAGUGGGGACGAUGGAAUAAUGCCCAUCCAUCUACUGAUAGGUAUCGAUAUCCUUUUUCCUUAUCUGGUUAAAAUCUUCAGUGUAAGUUUUGUAUGGGGAUAUAUUCCAGAACUAUGGACAAUUGUCAAAGUUCUAUUCAUACCUAAGGCUGGUAGAAAGGACUACGCUUUACCAAAGUCCUUUAGACCUUUAGCCUUUCUUCCUUUCUUCUUAAGACAUUGGAAAAAUGUAAUAGAUAGAUAUAUUAGAGAUCCAGCUCUAGCUACGAAACUUAUACACUACAACCAGCAUGCCUACCGCAGAGACAAAUCUACGAAAACGGCCCUGAUCAGUGUUAUUGACAGCGUCGAAAAAGCGCUGGAGGAUAAAGAAAUAGCUGUUUGUGCCUUUCCAGACGUUGAGGGCGCCUUCGACAGUAGCCCUACAUCACUGCUGGUUGGGGGCCUGACAUCUAAAAAUGUUGACCCAAAAUGGUGA